AAAUUUCCAAAAAAAACUGAGAAGAAAAUCAGCAGCCGAAGGUGGACGGAUCAUGGUUUGUCUUCACGGCGCUUCCGGUACAAACGCAUUUCCAACUUGGAGAGUAGAAUCCAGAACCUGCAUUCCCAAUUUUGUGCCCUUUAGGGUUUCAUUUGCUAGUGAAUGUGACGCUUUGAGGAAACCCUCUCUCAUGUUGUUGUCAUCGAGCUCUUCUUCUUUGCAUGGCGGCAAUCAAUUGAAGUUUUCAUUGAACGUUGGUGUCUCAACAUGGAUUCAUGAUUUCAAACAUUCAUCAAGAAAAAUCAUUAUUAGAAACAAUCAUCCCCAGAAUGUUGAUCUACCACGUUUUUACUCGAAGAAAGAGAAGAAGCCUUUUCCAAUACCCAUAGUGGAGCUGAGGAGAGCUGCAAGGGAGAGGAUGAAGAAAUUACAGGGAAAACCUAAGACACCGACCCCUCCUCCAAGGAAUGGUAUGUUGGUCAAAAGUCUUGUUCUUGUUGCAUAUGAAGUGCUCAAUGCAAGGGUAACACUGAUAAACAAUUUGAAGAAGCUAAUGAAAGUAGUCCCAGUCCUCGCCUGCAAGCAUUGCAAUGAAAUUCAUGUUGGACCAACUGGGCACCCCUUUCACUCGUGCCGAGGCUUCCGGGCUGAAACCCGGCGAGGUCUUCAUGAAUGGACGAGUGCGACUGUUGAUGAUGUGUUUGUCCCUAUUGAAGCCUACCAUUUGUUCGACCGCCUUGGAAGACGUAUAUCCCAUGAGGAGCGUUUUUCCAUCCCUCGUAUCCCAGCUCUUAUAGAGCUCUGCAUACAAGCUGGUGUAGACCUCCCUGAACUCCACACCAAGAGGCGGAGAAAGCCAGUCAUUCGUCGUGGGAAAAAUGAAAUCAUUGAUGCUAAUGAAGAUGAUCUUUCUGAUGAGCUUGACCCCUAUGCAAAGCUUAGGAAACCAAUACUUUUUGAGAUUCCUGACUCUGAGAUAACUCCACCGGUUGGCACCGAAGAAGUAGCAUUGCUGGCAAUUGAGACAUUUGAGGCAUGGGAGUUGGUGAGGCAGGGGGCAGAGAGGUUGAUGAGGAAGUAUGCUGUGCGAGUAUGCGGGUAUUGUCCUGAGGUACAUGUUGGCUAUAGUGGCCAUAAAGCACAGAACUGUGGUGCUUACAAGCACCAACAGAGAAAUGGGCAGCAUGGAUGGCAAAAAGCUGUUCUUGAUGACCUGGUUCCACCAAGGUAUGUAUGGCAUGUGCCAGAAGACAUGCUUGAGCUACAGCGGGAGUUGCGGAAUUUCUAUGGGCAAGCUCCAGCUGUAGUUGAGCUCUGUGUACAGGGGGGUUUGGAGGUACCUGAAAAAUACAAACCAACCAUGAGGCUGGACAUUGGCAUACCGACUAACUUGAGGGAAGCAGAAAUGGUGGUGUGAAGGGAGUUCUAAGUUGAUGUCCUGUUGAGUUGAGGGAGUUAU